GCGUCACCUUAUCUAAUGUCUGUGGCCGCGCCACUUGUCCUCUCGUCGCCUUCUCCGCUUCCACCGCUCCGCCGGCGACCGUCAAACGUAUGGUUUCGGUAUCCUCCUCUUUUGGUGGCAGCGACAGCGGCGGGAGACACGUCGUCUGCACUCUUCUUACUGCCUUUGCAGCUGUCCAGCUUUUCCUUCCUGCUUGCUGGAGAAGCCUCACUCUGCGCUGCCCUACCUGCCGUAACCGCCUUCAGGGCCGUGUAGCUACCCUUUCACUACGAUUGAAACGCUGAUCUCGCCAACCCGAUCGCCCACUGUAUCAGCCGACUCAAGCGACAGAGCGGCCAGCAAAACGCCGAAUCGGGUGUUGCUUGGCAUUUGGCGUCAACGGCAGAAGCGGGAGACAGGUCGUGUGAAGUCUUCUUGCUGCCUUUACAGCGGUGAAGCCGUAGUUCAGUGAGCCAGUGGCAGCACCGUGCUCGUUUCCGGCAAACGUUGCCAGAGCACAGAACGUUCUCUCUCGGACAGGGACAGGAAGGAUCCACAAGAUGCCUGUCAGCAUGCACCCGGCCAUACUGCUUUGCGCAGCAUUGACAGCUGUGGCGUCGUAUGAAGAGAAGGACAUCAAGUGCACUGAGAAUGGAAAUAUUGUUCCAAGCGUCAAUAUUUGCAAUGGAGUUGACGACUGCUACAAGAGGGACCGCUUCAACAGUGAUUAUGGCUACUACAGGGAUUCUGACGACGAAGCCAGAGAAUUGUGUGCACAAGAGCAUCUCCGGGACGAAGUACGGCUCACCAGCCUGGCACAUCCGAAUGGUUCGCUACUGCUUUCGUGGGCGUGGACCACGGCACUGAGCUCUGAGCUGGCGGGAUACUAUCUACGCGGUACUUCCUCGGACCACACAUUUCAGACAACGCUGUCGCCCUUGCAGAGUGAUUACACAGCUGAUUGCCUCCGAGGAUACACCGAAUACAGCAUUACGCUGCGGCCUUUCUACAACAUUGACGGCCUGUCGAAACUUGGCAAGGCGGAACAGCUCAUCGUACGAACUCCAGCUACUGCUCCGGGUGCACCGAUGAACAUUGUGCGACAGUCGCCGUGGCGUAUAAGACAGGAUAAUGCACGACAACUGGCCGUAACCAUCCUUGAACCAGUGUCUUGGAACUCCAGUCCAGCCGGCUUCCGCCUGCGAUGGGAACCCAAUGAACAAAGCAACGAAUCGGCUACGGAUUUCGAUUUGCCUCUCCAUGCGAUGGGGCGCAAGAAGGAUUUGAACGUCACGCUGUCUUUGAAGCCUGGACAUGAAUACACGCUAUUUGCGAGCGCACGUGGGGUCGGGGACUUCGGGGAAGUCCUCAUAGGCCCCGAGACGUCGGUGACGAUGGAAACUACUCCACUGGCUCCCACUAACUUGUCGGCGAAGAGCAUUGACCCAACCAGCGUUAUCAUUUCAUGGCAAGCUGCUAGUCCUGCACGAAGGUUUGUGAUUUAUCGAUCCUUUGACGCACCACUGCGUACAUGCGCAGUCGAACUUUGCCGCUAUGACGACAAUUUGUACACGGGUGACCGAUACUCUUUUGGCGGCACACGCCUCCAGACGUCGACUGUUGUGCUUGACGGAAGUUCUCAGGAAUCGUCAUCCUACAGUCUACCCCUGUUCAACUUAUUGUCGUCUGUGAACUACACAGUCAAAGUCACAGCAUGUGGUGCCGAAUUAUGCAGCAGCGAGACAAGCACGACUUUUACCACUCCUCCUUCAGCUAUUCCCACGCCUAUAAUUACAACAAUCCUAUCGAACGACACCCGUUCCCUCUACUUGGAAUGGAACAUCACGCUCCUGCGGCACGCGCCAGAGCUGAACCCGGAGUUCGAAGUGACAGUGAAGACGAAUGGUUUCUACAGACUCGUCCAUACUGUUGAGAAGGCGAUUACGAUAGGGAAUCUCAGCUCAGGCGCAGAGUACGAGGUUCAGGUGCUGCUUUCUUUGGAGAGGACCCCAGGAAAACGAGAGUACGGCCGCCCUGCAAGUGCCACCGUAAGCACUUGGCCUCUCGUUCCUCUGGCUCCAACGUUGUCCACAAGAGGGUUCCAGUCCACGCCAGACAUAGCUGCUGUGUCAUGGAUAUUUCUCAACAGCACCGUUACGCAUGUAGAGGUUUCAACGAACUACAGCAACUGGGUGAAUUGCGAGAACUCGACCGAAUGCGACGAGGUCGUGUUGCACGGCUGGAACUCCUCCUUCAAAGCGGGAUACGUCAGGCUCUCAGAUCUUAGACCACACACGACCUACUCACUAUCAGUGAGAGGCUGCAACAACCUAGGAUGUGGUGAUGCAAACACAGUGGUCAUCGCAACCGACAUGUCAGAGCCGAGUAAGCCUAGUGGACUGACAGUGAAUGCAACAGAAGAUGGUUCUUCAGCUCACCUCGAGUGGAAGGCGCCGGACGAGCCAAGGGGUCCGCUGACGGGCUACGUGGUCUCCUGGCAGUGUGACCAGGACCAUCUAAUGGCUGCGACCACUGAUCAAUCCUUUUUUGCCAUCCCUGGUCUCCCUGCCCGGGCGCAGGAGUGCAGCUUCUCAGUGUCUGCUUUCAACAUGGCGACUGAUGAGCGGCAAUUGCGCGGGAAAUCUGCCACUCUGACGAUACCUUGGCCACCCCAGAAGUGAUCUGAUCACCAUGGCUACUAUGGUGCCUUACAUGAGCCACGCUCUGAACGUAGGCUAAAAUGUAGUCAUGACAAUCAUGAUUAAAAUAGGCGAAUCACAAAAAGAAAGAAGAAAAACAUUGUGGUUGCUUUGUUUUAAUUUAUGUGUUUAUGUUGAUGUCAAUAAAUGUACUAUUGUACUAUU